AUGGGCAAGUCCUUGACAUUUGAGCAGUCUGUGAUGGAAACCCUAGAUCUGACAAAGAACUACAAAUGCAAGAACCCCAUCUGUGAGACACAGCGAUGGAAGGUUCAACAUGAGCUUGAUCUGGCCCUCCUCAAGAUAGAAAGGUUGCACAUGAGACUGAGAACACAUGGCUUUGAGAUUCAAGAAAAAGCAGUGUGGAGGGAUAACAGGCCAAAGGCCAUCACUUUCAGGGAAGAACCAGAUGUAUGCAAUAUGCCAAGAAAAAGGAAAAAUUUCAAACAACAGGCCUCACAAGACAAACCAUCCUAUGAUGUACAUAAAGAAAACAAGGAGUUCCCUCUCGCUAAUGACAAAACACAUAUUGUGCCAGCCUCUAGGCCAAGCUCAACACCUGAGCAAGAACAUAAGCCUAAGACUAGUCCUUCCUUUUGGAAGUCUAAGAAAAAGGACAAGGAUAAGAGUGCAACCCCUAGUCCUCAGCCUUACAGAUCUAAAACCCCUCCACCACCGUACAAUGCAGUGGAUCCCAAAAAUAAAACUCGCCAUCUUGGUGGAAGACAGUACUCUGGGGUACGGUCAGACCCUCCUAUUGAUCAUUUAGAAAUGGAAACAGUUUUAUGAAGAAAUAAGAAUGUUAAUUAUUGGUGUCCACCUCUUUAAGAACCCCACAAAAAGGGGAACAGUCAUGUUGAUGCAACUUCAGUGCAGCCGAUAUGCCAAACAUAUAUUUUCUAGGCUGCAGUACAACUAAAAAUUCUAGGCUGGAGCCUCCAUAUGUGUUUUAAGGUACAGAAAAACCCAGGAUGAAGACUAAAUGAGACCAAAUCCCUCAAAAUGGAUGUAUGGGUUGGUGAAAGAGAAGAAUUUGGAUGAAAAAUACAAAUGAACUUACAAAAAGUAAUUAUCAUGAUAAUCUGGACGUGAUGAUAAUAUAAUAAAAAAAAAAAACAUUAUCAAUUUAUCACACAAAAGAUAUAGUGAAAUGAAGACUUUGCUUGUGUCAAUUGUUAUUGGUGGCAGGGCUACGGGGCUUGCAAGAUAUAUUAUUCACUGACAAAGAACAAGGGUGGGAAUCUUCGUGCAAGGACAAAAAGAACCAGAGUCCUUAAUGUUUUCUCCUAUACACAAACUUACUUAUUUGUAGGAAUGUGGAUGAUGACAAGCUUCCUUAUAACUUUUACCAUACCUGAUGCAAUUAAACUAAAGGUGAACAAGAAGGGUUUAACAAGUUAUGCUAUCCAUGUAUGGUUACACAACCCUCUUAUGGUUACACAACCUGUGUGGUGCUUUUCACCAGUUUCUGUAAAAAAAAAAUGAUUGAGGAUUUGCACUCCACUGGCUGUAUAGGAUUCUGGUCCACGUCUGAUCAUUCCCCAAUACUCUGCACUUGGAGUUAUAUAUUGUAACAGUACAAAAUGCUGGUGCACAGGCUUGAAUUAUUUUCAGUGUGUCAAGGUACAGCGAGAAUGUUAAGCACUGAUGUUAUAGGUUGGCAACAAGUCUGCUUCUUUCUCUAGAGGUUAUUCAGACAUUCAAAGGAAAAAGAAAAAAAAUCCGGUGCUGGGAGUUUGCAAAGGAUAAUGGAUAUGAACUUUUGAAGGAGUACAUGUAAGAGUAGGAUUCCCACAGAGGCUCAUAGUUAUUAUGAAAUGCCCUUAAAUGUAUCCUGAAAAUACAUACCAGGGAAACCUAUUAAAUGGCAGUUGUCAUCUUCAUUACAUUGUUGAAAGAAUGACAUAUUGUAAAAUAUUGUCCCUGGCAAAGGCAGUUAUGUUUACUAAAGGAUUUAGUUACACCGUGUGGAAAUACAAUUUCAAAGCCUUCACAUAUAUACUUGCUGCAUAGUGGAUUUAUCAGUUAAAUUUUCGGAAAAACUAACAAGUUUCUGAUGAUAAUUAUAGUUAUUUAGAUAAAACUUGGCUAGUGUCAUGUCAGAUCAUUACUACCUUCUACUAUAUCAGGGGCCUCUAAAACAGUAUACAAAAUUUAAGUUAGGCCCCUGUAGAAUUCGAAACUCACCUAAUAUAUCGUCUGCUAUUAAGUAACUACCCUGCCCCUACCCACCCCUUAAAUGGUGGGGAUAACUGUGGGGUUGGAUGUAAUCACUCACCUGGGCAUCUGGAGUAAGUCAUAGGCCAUGCUGGACUUGCAUUACAUAACUUGGACAGGGACAUGCAUUACUCGCCACCUUGGUGUGAAGUUGCCUCUUUAAAGAAUAUAGUAUACAAGAAUAGUUCAGAUUCUUUUUUGUGACACAAAUAAUCACAGGAGUCACAUAAUGUUGGGCAACAUUUUUUCAAGGACUCCCUGCAAACAAAAAAAUAAUUUUUUGAAUAUAGUGUGUGUUUAAAAAGCUUCCAUCCUCAGUUUUAUUAUUUUAGAUGUGGGUAGUAAGAAGUAACGAGUAAUAUGUACAUGUAGUACUAUUAAAAGGAACUACUUGAAUUGUGAUGCCAGUAAAAGAUAUUUCAUACAUUUAUGUACCCAAAGCAUAUCUUGUUGUGCCAUGCUUGCUUCAUUAACAUACUCAUAUGUAAGGUAGAUCGCUCAUACAUCAUCAUUUAAUUCAUCUAUAAUAUAUGCAACUGCAAAUUGUCAGCUAAAAUAUUGCUAUAAUUGUAACUGUUAAGAAAUGCUUGUCUUUAUAUUCCAAGGGCACAAUUUCUAAAGUAUGUAAAGCGCAACAAACAUUUAGUAAGUAAAAUCUGAAACUUGCCAUCAGAAAUUUUGUUUUAGACAGCUCAGCAACCAGCUUGGAAGAAAUUUCAAGAAAAGACACAAGUUGUAACAGAAUGGUUCUUGCAUGUGCCAAAGGCAUCCAUUUCUUAAGUUCGCCAAAUUGGUUACUUCAUUUUACUCGCUGUUGGUGUUUCUUUCAUACCUGAGUGAAAUAUGACUUUUCAUCUAACAUUGCCAGUCAAAUAAAAUGUUCUUCCUAGAAAUGAAGCAAGUUAUUUGUUCAAAUGUGCACUGUGUAUAAACCAACAUGUCAUACCUACCAAGUUUACUGAUGGAAUUAUUAAGUCACAUAUUCCUGCAAA